GGCCUGUGACUUUAAAGUAUACCAGUCCAUUUUGACAAAAUAAAAUGUUAAAUUUUCGUAUAAAAUAGCCAUUGAAAUGAAUACAUAAAAACACAAAAGAUAUGGAAAAACCUAAAAUUACUAAAAAAAUAAGAACUAUACAAAUUACAUACCCUGCACCUUACUCCCAAACUUGGAACGCAGAGCAUAAUAGUUCUUCACCAGUCAUCAUGAAAAAUAACUUUGGACGGAGAUCGAACUUCCUCUUCAACCCCAAAAGGCAAGUUGAAACCCAGAAGGCCUGGAGCCACUCGUACUCCGCAGUCCGAGGUCCGGACCCCACGGCGCCACAUCUCAAGUACGGAGUCUUCUCCAAUAGAAGAUCUACUUCAACAAGGCUCCUACAAAAAUCCCUGCCUCUAAAGCCAACGCAAAACAGGAACAGCUACUCACACAACACGAUACCAACGAGACAGGCUUCAGAUUACACAAACAACAAGAAUGCGAAGAAGAAAAAGGAUAGGAAAGGUCCGUUAACAGAAGCCCCGAUGUUCGUCUUCCGUACCAUAGACAAACGUCACACGCGACAGCUGUCACUGUCAGAGAUCAUGCACAUAGACAUUAAGCCGAAGAAGAGUAUGUUGUCGUCACCGCGUUUCUGUCCCUCACCCACGUUUAAAGUCCUGACUCCGAACGUACCAGCUCCCACGGCUCGCUGGAGUCGACAUUUCCUAACCGAAUACCCCGAGAAGAGGUGUCGGAACGCUCAGGGGUCAUACACGCAAAUGCAAGAUCGGGGCGCUGCGAAAUCACGACCCUAAGUGUCAUGGGGACUAGCAGCCAUACACAAGAUUAAUACUUAGUACCUGUCCAAUUAAAUGCUAGAGCGGCACAAACGCACUAAGAAACAAAUGUGGCCAGGAUGAAAAAUGUGAUAAAUAUUGGUGUG